GAUGGCCACAGGAGAAAGUUGUGUUGUGUUGCAGUUGGUUUCAGAGCCCUAAAGAAGAAGAAGAGUUCUUCUAUUUUUAUUUUGGUGUUAGUUCCUUGUGUUUUUAGCUGGUUUCUGUUCAUUUCGUGGUGCUUAAACAGGAAGAGGUCAACACUUUGGAAAGGUCUGGCCACCACUCCCUCUCUUUUCUGCUACAGAAGAAUGAGCAGCAACUCCUCCCUCACCAUGGACAGUGUGGCGGGUGCAGUGUACGCAGCACUGGAGCUGCUGAUCGCCGUGAUGUGUUGCCUGGGCAACCUGCUGGCCAUCUGGGCAGUGCAGGCCAGUGGCUCCCUGCGGAAGCCCACCUUCUGCUUCAUGGCAUCGCUGGCGGCGGCGGACUUCCUGGUGGGCGCCGUGGCGAUCCCCGUGGCCGUUCUGGUGGACGGCCGGGUCAGCACCUCCUUCGACAGCUGCCUGUUCCUCAGCUGCGUGACGGUCCUGCUGGUGCAGGCCUCCAUCCUCAUGCUGCUGGUCAUCGCGGUGGAUCGCCACCUGUGCGUGCAGAUGCCCCUCAGAUACAAGCGCAGCUUCACGAAGAGGCGCUGCUGGGCCGUGGUCGGAGUGUGCUGGCUGCUCGCCUUCGCGUUCAGUUUCACGCCCAUGUUUGGCUGGUACAACCGCCAGACCCUGGCCAAGAUGGGGAACUCCACCACCAGCAUCUGCAGGCUCGUGUCCGUCAUCCCCAUGACUUACCUGGUUUACUUCCAGUUCUUUGGGUGCACGCUGCUCCCCCUACUGGUGAUGUGUGCCCUCUACGUCCAUGUCUUCCGCUCCAUCUCCAAGCGGCUGCAGAGGAGCCAGGCCCGGGCCACCGAAUCACACGCGUACUACGCCAAAGAGCGGAAGCUGGCCAAGUCCCUGCUGCUGGUCCUGGUCCUCUUCGCGGUCGGCUGGUUGCCGCUGAGCAUCAUGAACUGUGUGACGAUCUUCGGCGGCGACGUCCCUCUGGUCGCCAUCUACAUCGGGAUCCUCCUCACGCACGCCAACUCUGCCGUCAAUCCGGUCGUGUACGCCUUCAAGGUGCCGAAGAUCCGCAGUGCGUACCUGCGGGCUUGGAGGAAGUGUGACCUCUGCUGGCAACAGGGGGUAUCGCAGAGCACCGAGAGCAAGGACUUCAGCACCAAAAGCAAAUCCAUUGAAGAUUAGACCAAGGAACGAGAUUAUUCUGAUAGUAAUCUACAUACAGUCUAACUGUGUGCUCAUAUUACCAUCAAUAAGCCAUUCUGCUUACUGUUCAUUAUCAGCACCUUUUUAAAACACUGGCUGGGAGUUAAUCAACAUUUGUCCUUAACCUUGACUAAUAAAAUCAAGAGUUACCAAGAAUUUAUUUUUCUUCACAAGCACACUGUCAAGUUUGGGAAUCUCUGAAACUGAAUUGACAAAAUGAAUUUGCAAAAAAAAACUUCCAACAUUAGCAAUUCCUUGUGAGUCAAAGUUAAAUUGUUGAUUGAAUCAAUUUAAUUGAUGAGCAAAUGUGUGUGUUUAUUUUUUUGAGGAAUAUUAGUUCUCGCUUGUGCUAAAAGGCUAAUUAUAUAAUUCUACAUGAGAUGUGAGUGAAAUUAAAAUGCCUGUAUCAGUUCAAUUCCCUUUCUAACAUAUUAGCAUUAUAGCACAAUCUAACACAUUGGAAUCCCUUUCUAACAUACUGCCGUGUUUCCUGUCAUCAGAUAUUCCAGUUUUAUAGAGAAAACAAACCACUACUGAAGAGUUAAAGAAGUUCUCAAUGAAGUAACAGUUUAGUGUCUGAGUGUAUCUACAAUAGCUAUGUUAGAAUAAAGUGUGUAAGGAAAUUGUCAGAUCUCGUUUUAAUGUUUUUUGUUAGCCUGGUGUAUCUUGUCUUUUCCUUUCACAAUCUUUGUUUUCCCUUGCAGCGUAGGCAGGCCUCGUUGCCAGCUGAUUUCCUUCACCUGCCUCCUCAGCAUUCUGCAUGCUUCUGCCCCCAUUUACUCCAGCAUAUAUUCUCGGUUUCGCCCACCACUCUCCGCCAGAUCGUUGCCUCAGUUCGCUUGAAGCUUCUAGUCGGCUCUUGUUUAAAGUUAUUCGCGUUACCGUCUCGCACUCUGCUUUUUCCCCGCUUACCUGCUUUUUCCUUCACCGUUUGUCGUUGCUCGUUUUUAUGUUCUGGCGCCCCCGUCAUUGUCUUCAUGGUUGUCUGGUCUUUUCUUUCGUGUUGUCUGCGUCCAGUCUGCGUCUUUGCUGUUUCCAGCCUGCCCUUCGCCGUCCUCCCAGUCCAGCCCUAAUCCAGUCCAGUCCAGCUCCUGAUUCCUGUCCAGUCCUGUCCUGCUCCCUGUCCAGUCCAGUCCUGAUCCCGUCCGGUCUGGUUCCAGUUCUGCUGGAUUCAGAAAAUAAACAUUUUUAAUUAACCCUUGCUUGUCCGACAACAGGUCUAUGUUUUUAAAGUAAACACUUAUAAUAUAUACUUAUGUGUCCUAAAUUGGAACAUUUUAAGUAUACUUAAAAUAUUUUCUGAAGCUAUACUUUAAGUAUAUCAUUUAUGAAUUACUUCUUAACAUAAAAUCCUAAUAACUUUAGGUGUGCUUGUAGUUCAUUAUUUUUAAACUGAAAGAAAACUUCCAUUUUAAUCUCAAUGCACUUUCCAAAGCCAGCAAAAGUAUUACAUUGUCUACCUUUUCUGUCAAGUACAUACUAAUUCAGCAUACCAAAGUUUUUUAUUUAUUUUUAUUUUGUUUAC